GAAAACGUGGAAAAUCCAUGGCAGACCUAGCCAUUUCCACGCGCCCUCGUCGAGCACGUGGCGGAGCUGGGCUCCAGGGCGAAAAUCGCUGUGGUGUGCGCGUUGCAUAAGAUUUGCAAUUAUAAUUCAGACGAUUCGAAUAAGAAAACAAACCGAUUCGGGUGACCGAGGGAAAUCCCAGAACAAUUGAAAUCCAAACGCUGCUGCGAUAUAAAUUCCGAUUUGGAGGCGCUGCGGUCGUUGCGUUAACCAAACGAAAUGGCUGAGGCGGAGGGAGGCUCCGAGCAGGAUGAUGUUUCAUUCCUGAGAACGGAGGACAUGGUCACGCUCUCCUGCACGGCGACGGGGGAGCGUGUGUGCUUGGCCGCCGAGGGAUUUGGCAACCGGCACUGCUUCCUCGAGAACAUUGCCGACAAGAACGUACCGCCGGAUUUGUCGCAGUGUGUCUUCGUCAUCGAGCAGGCGCUGUCCGUGCGAGCUCUGCAGGAACUGGUGACAGCGGCAGGAUCCGAGACUGUAAGUAUAGCAACACGGAGCACUGGAUCGGGACAUAGGACAUUGCUGUACGGCAAUGCCAUUUUGCUCCGACAUCACAACAGUGAUAUGUACUUGGCCUGCUUGUCCACCUCAUCGUCGAACGACAAGCUGUCCUUCGAUGUGGGUCUGCAGGAGCACAGCCAGGGAGAGGCCUGUUGGUGGACGGUCCACCCGGCCAGCAAACAGCGUUCCGAGGGCGAGAAGGUGCGAGUCGGAGACGACCUCAUCCUGGUGUCGGUGGCCACCGAACGGUAUUUGCAUACCACCAAGGAGAACGAGCAGUCGAUUGUGAACGCCAGCUUCCAUGUGACCCACUGGUCCGUGCAGCCCUACGGCACGGGAAUCUCGAGGAUGAAGUACGUGGGCUACGUCUUUGGCGGCGAUGUCCUGCGCUUCUUCCACGGCGGCGACGAGUGCCUGACCAUACCCAGCACCUGGGGUCGUGAGGCGGGACAAAACAUUGUUAUUUACGAGGGCGGGGUGGUCAUGGCCCAGGCGCGAUCCCUGUGGCGCCUGGAACUCGCUCGCACCAAGUGGACGGGUGGCUUCAUCAACUGGUACCAUCCGAUGCGCAUCCGCCACAUAACCACCGGACGCUACUUGGGCGUCAACGACAGCAACGAGCUGAUUCUGGUGAAGAAGGAGGAGGCCUCGAUUGCCACGACGACUUUCUGCCUGCGGCAGGAAAAGGACGACGAGAAGAAGGUGCUGGAGGACAAGGAUCUGGAAGUGAUCGGCUCGCCGAUCAUCAAGUACGGCGACACCACCGUCAUCGUGCAGCACUGCGAGACGAGCUUGUGGCUCAGUUACAAGAGCUACGAGACGAAGAAGAAGGGCGUGGGCAAGGUGGAGGAGAAGCAGGCCAUCCUGCACGAGGAGGGCAAGAUGGACGAUUGCCUCGACUUCUCGCGCUCCCAGGAGGAGGAGUCCAAGACGGCGCGUGUGAUCCGCAAGUGCAGCAGCCUCUUCACCCAGUUUAUCACGGCCUUGGAAACUCUGCAAUCCAAUCGCCGACACUCCAUUUUCUUCCAGAAGGUCAACCUCAACGAGAUGGUCAUGUGCCUGGAGGACUUGAUCAACUACUUCUCGCAACCCGAAGACGAUAUGGAACACGAGGAGAAACAGAACCGCUUCCGGGCGCUGCGCAACCGACAGGAUCUGUUCCAGGAGGAGGGCGUGCUCAACCUGAUCCUGGAGGCCAUCGACAAGAUCAACAUAAUCACCUCGCAGGGCUUCCUGGCCAGCUUCCUGGCCGGCGACGAGACCGGUCAGAGCUGGGACCUCAUCUCGACCUACCUGUACCAACUGCUGGCCGCCAUCAUCAAGGGCAACCACACGAACUGCGCCCAGUUCGCCAACAGCAACCGCCUCAACUGGCUGUUCUCGCGUCUGGGAUCGCAGGCCUCCAGCGAGGGCUCCGGCAUGCUGGACGUGCUCCACUGCGUGCUGAUCGAUUCGCCCGAGGCGCUGAACAUGAUGCGGGAUGAGCACAUCAAGGUGAUCAUCUCGCUGCUGGAGAAGCACGGCCGCGACCCGAAAGUCCUCGACGUUCUCUGCUCCCUGUGCGUGGGUAACGGCGUGGCGGUGCGCUCCUCGCAGAACAACAUUUGCGACUUCCUGCUGCCCGGCAAGAAUCUGCUGCUGCAGACUUUACUGGUCGACCAUGUGGCCAGCAUCCGACCGAACAUCUUCGUGGGCCGCGUGGACGGCUCGUCCAUGUACCAGAAGUGGUACUUCGAGGUGACUAUGGACCACAUCGAGCAGACGACGCACAUGAUGCCCCAUCUGCGCAUCGGCUGGGCCAACACCUCCGGCUAUGUCCCGUAUCCGGGUGGCGGAAAGAAGUGGGGUGGCAACGGCGUGGGCGACGACCUAUAUUCCUUUGGCUUCGAUGGAGCCUACUUUUGGACCGGAGGGCGCAAGACCCCAGUGGUGGAUGCGCUGCCCGAGGAGCCCUUCAUCCGCAAGGGUGACGUCAUUGGCGUGGCCAUCGAUCUUUCGGUGCCCAUCAUUACGUUUAGCUUCAACGGGGUAAAGGUGCGGGGCAGCUUCCGGGACUUUAACCUGGAUGGAAUGUUCUUCCCCGUGAUGAGUUGCUCCUCGAAGCUGAGCUGCCGCUUCCUCUUCGGCGGAGAUCACGGUCGCCUGAAGUUCGCCCCGCCCAUGGGCUUCUCGGCCCUGGUGCAGUGCCUCAUGCCGCAGCAGAUCCUCAGCCUGGAUCCCUGCUUCUACUUCGGCAAUCUCAGCAAGAACGUUCUGGCCGGACCGUGGCUCAUCGAGGACGACAAUGCCUUUGUGCCAAAGCCCGUGGACACGACGGGUGUAUCACUGCCGAGUUCGGUGGACCAAAUCAAGGAGAAGCUGGCGGAGAAUAUCCACGAGAUGUGGGCUCUCAACAAGAUCGAGGCGGGCUGGUCGUGGGGCGAGCACCGCGACGACUACCAUCGCAUCCAUCCCUGCCUCACCCAUUUCGAGAAGCUGCCGGCGGCGGAGAAGCGAUACGACAAUCAAUUGGCUGUGCAAACGCUUAAGACAAUCAUUUCGCUUGGCUACUACAUAACUAUGGACAAACCACCAGCACGCAUACGCCCCGUGCGCCUGCCUAACGAGAUCUUCAUGCAGGGCAAUGGCUACAAGCCGGCUCCUCUUGACCUCAGUGCAGUGACACUCUCUCCGAAACUGGAGGAGCUGGUGGACCAGCUGGCCGAGAAUACGCACAAUCUGUGGGCACGGGAGCGCAUCCAGCAGGGUUGGACAUACGGCCUGAAUGAGGACAGCGAGAAUCACCGGAGCCCGCACUUGGUGCCCUAUGCCAAGGUGGACGAGGCCAUCAAGAAGGCGAACAGGGACACGGCCUCGGAGACGGUGCGAACCCUGCUGGUCUACGGCUACGUGCUGGAUCCGCCAACGGGCGAGGGAACGGAGGCACUCCUGGCCGAGGCACAACGGCUCAAGUUCGCCGGAUUCCGGACGUACAGGGUGGAGCGCAACUACGCCGUGACUUCGGGCAAGUGGUACUUCGAGUUCGAGGUGCUCACGUCCGGACCCAUGCGAGUGGGCUGGGCCCGGGCCGAUUGCUAUCCGGGAGCCAUGCUGGGAAGCGAGGACACCAGCUGGGCCUUCGAUGGCCACAAUGUGACCAAAAUGCACGCCGGAUCCAUCGAGCACUUCGGAGUGCGGUAUGAGGCUGGCGAUGUCAUUGGUUGUUUCAUCGAUGUCAAGGAGCUAACGAUCAGCUUCUCGCUGAACGGAGAACUCCUGAUGGACGCCCUGGGCGGCGAGACGACCUUUGCCGACGUAACCGCCGAGGGGGUGGGCUUUGUGCCCGCCUGCACCCUGGGAGUGGGCCAGAAGGCGCGCCUCAUCUACGGCCAGGACGUGGACUCCCUCAAGUUCUUCACUACCUGCGGCCUACAAGAGGGAUACGAGCCCUUCUGCGUGAACAUGCGUCGACCAGUGACCCACUGGUACACCAAGGAUCAGCCAAUUUUCGAGAACACCGAGGAGAUGCCCGACUGUCGCAUUGAUGUGACGAGGAUUCCCGGAGGUGCCGACACCCCGCCGCACCUGAAGAUCUCGCAUAACACCUUCGAGACCAUGGAGAAGGCCAAUUGGGAGUUCCUGCGGCUCUCUCUGCCCGUCACCUGCAUGGGUGAGUUUAUCAGCGAACAGGAAAAGGCUCGGCGCUGGGACGAGAUCAAGAACCGGCAGUAUCGGCUGAUGCGCGAGGCGGAGGCCGCCGCUCAGAUGCAGGUGCAGACCCAAGCCGCCCACAUGGACCACAUGCUCAAGGGCGGCUUCAACAUGAACGACAUCAAGGGUCUGACCCGGAACUUCGACGAGCACGCGGAUGCCGAGGCGGAUCACAUGAUGCGGGGACCACAUCGCCCGCCGCGCAAGGGAUCCCUCACCCGUAACAUCACCUUCGAGACGGACAUGUCCGCCGCCCUGGACGAGAUGCAGCGAUCCUCGUCCGUACUGGACAUGAACGGACUGGGCGAGGAGCUGGACGACAAGAAGAAGCGUGGCCGCAGUCCCUUCAAGUUCUUCUCGAAGAAGUCGCGCGACCAGAGCCGCGAGAAGAUGGGAGCCCGCACGGCGGACACUUCGCUGGAGCGCCGUAAUACGGUGGCCCAUGGCCGGAACGUGGUUAACCAGCAGAUGACCACGCGAGCUCCCACGUUGCGGCUGAACAAUGCCGAAAUCCCGCCGAGCCCCGUGGCCCAGGGUCCCAAGCAGUUGAGUUCCUCGAAUCUGGGCCAACAGCCGGUAGAAACUUCCGGCGAUGAGAUGUUCGACGCCGAGUGCCUUAAGCUGAUCAACGAAUACUUCUACGGAGUGAGAAUCUUUCCCGGCCAGGAUCCCACGCAUGUGUACGUCGGUUGGGUGACCACCCAGUACCAUCUGCACAGUCGCGAGUUCAACAAGAACAAGGUGCGCCGUGGGUCAGUGUACAUCGAGGACGACUACGAGAUGGCCAUCGAGCGGAUCGACCGCCAGAGCUGUUACGUGGUGCGGGCGGACGAACUGUUCAACGAGGUGACCCAGGAUGCCUCCGGCAAGGGAGCCUCGCAGGGCAUGUUCGUCGGCUGCUUCGUGGACACGGCCACCGGCAUCAUUAGAUUCACAUGCGAGGGCAAGGACACCUCGCAUCGCUGGAUGAUGGAGCCGGACACCAAGCUCUUCCCGGCCAUUUUCGUGGAGGCCACCAGCAAGGAGAUCCUGCAGAUCGAGCUGGGCCGCACACCCACCACCUUGCCCCUUUCGGCGGCUGUCCUGCCCACCAGUGACAAGCACAUCAACCCGCAGUCGCCACCGCGCCUGAAGGUCCAGUGCCUGCGUCCGCAUCAGUGGGCCCGAGUUCCGAACACCUCGCUCCAGGUGCACGCCCUCAAACUGUCCGAUGUGCGGGGCUGGUCCAUGCUGUGCGAGGAUCCGGUGUCCAUGCUGGCCCUGCACAUCCCCGAGGAGGAUCGCUGCAUAGACAUCUUGGAGCUGAUCGAGAUGGAGAAGCUGCUGUCCUUCCACGCGCACAGUUUGACGCUCUAUGCGGCCCUUUGCUACCAGUCCAACUACAGAGCGGCCCACGCCCUAUGCCAGCAUGUGGACCAGAAGCAGCUGCUCUACGCCAUCCGGUCGGAGUACAUGAGCGGACCCCUGCGGCAGGGCUUCUACGACUUGCUGAUCGCCCUGCAUCUGGAGUCGCAUGCCACCACGAUGGAGGUGUGCAAGAAUGAGUACAUCACUCCGUUGGGUGCCGAACUAAAAGAGCUCUACGCCGAGGAGGAGAUGCAGCACUCGCUGAGGUCCCUGGUCACGGAGUCAGUGCGUCCGCAGCUGCGCAUGACGGAGAUCACACCCCCUGUGAUUGCAACAUCUAGUAUGCCAAGUGUUUCCAGCGAACCGAUCCCCGACAUCGACCAAUUGUACUCCCCGAAGUUCCCCCUAGAGGUAGUCAGGCAGUUCGUAAUGGAGGCGCUGAAGGAUGCCGUCGAGAUCAACCAGGUGCACAACCGCGAUCCCAUCGGCUGGACCAACGAGAACCUCUUCCUCCCUCUAAUCAAGCUGACAGACCGCCUGCUCUUGGUCGGCGUCCUGACCGACGAAGAUGUGCAGCGGCUGUUGGUCAUGAUCGACCCGGAGACCUGGGAUGCAGCCUUCGAGAGGGAGGGCAAGGAUGAGCACCGCAAGGGUUUGCUGACCAUGAAGAUGGCCGAGGGCGCCAAGCUGCAGAUGUGCUACCUGCUGCACCACCUGUACGACACCCAGCUGCGUCAUCGCGUGGAGAGCAUCAUCGCCUUCUCGCACGACUUCGUGGGCGAUCUGCAGACCGAUCAGUUGCGACGUUAUAUCGAGAUCAAGCAAUCCGAUCUGCCCAGUGCUGUGGCGGCCAAAAAGACUAAAGAGUUCCGCUGUCCGCCGCGGGAGCAGAUGAACCAGAUUCUCUGCUUCAAGAACCUCGAGGCCGAUGACCAGGACAACUGCACCUGUGGCCUUGAGUUGCGCAGUCGCCUGGGCGACUUCCACGACAGCCUCAUGCAGAAGGUGUCGCUGAACGCUUUAAUGGAGCCCGACGGCGUCGAGGGCGCAGCGAUCGAGGAGGUCAAAACGGGACCCAUCACCAAGAUCUACAACUUCAUCAACACCGUCAAGGAGCUGGAGGAGGGGCCCAAGGAGGUGGAGGAGCCGGAGAAGAAGACGCCCGAGGAGGUGUUCCGCAAGGUGCUCAUCAAGCAGAUCGUCAGCUGGGCCGAGGAGUCGCAGAUCGAGAAUCCCAAGCUGGUGCGCGAGAUGUUCAGCCUGCUCCUCCGCCAAUACGACACGGUGGGCGAACUGGUCCGGGCCCUGGAGAAGACGUACGUGAUCAAUACGCGGGCCCGCGACGACGUGGCCGAGAUGUGGGUGGGCCUCAGCCAGAUACGCGCCCUGCUGCCCGUCCAGAUGAGCCAGGAGGAGGAGGAGCUGAUGCGCAAGCGCCUGUGGAAGCUGGUUAACAACGCCACCUUCUUCCAGCACCCGGACCUCAUACGCAUUCUGCGCGUCCACGAGAACGUGAUGGCCGUCAUGAUGAACACACUGGGACGGCGGGCGCAGGCGCAGAGCGAUGCGCCCACCCAGACGGAUGUGGCCGAGGGGGCUCCCUCCAAGGAGAAGGACACCUCGCACGAGAUGGUGGUGGCCUGCUGCCGGUUCCUCUGCUACUUCUGCCGCACCGGCCGCCAGAAUCAAAAGGCCAUGUUCGACCACUUCGACUUCCUGCUGGACAACGCCAACAUCCUGCUGGCACGGCCCAGCCUGCGCGGAUCCACGCCGUUGGACGUGGCAUACUCGAGUCUGAUGGAGAACACAGAAUUGGCUCUGGCCCUGAGGGAACACUAUCUGGAGAAGAUCGCCGUCUACCUGUCCAGGUGCGGCCUGCAGAGCAACUCGGAGCUCGUGGAGAAGGGCUAUCCGGAUCUGGGCUGGGAUCCGGUCGAGGGGGAGCGGUACCUGGACUUCCUGCGCUACUGCGUUUGGGUCAACGGCGAGAGCGUGGAGGAGAACGCGAACCUUGUCAUUCGACUUCUUAUCCGUCGUCCGGAAUGCUUGGGACCGGCUCUAAGAGGCGAGGGAGAAGGUCUGUUCCGCGCCAUUGUCGAGGCCAAUCGCAUGUCGGAGCGCAUCUCGGACCGCUGCAAGAUGCAGGACGAGGCCGAGGGCACCAUUGCCGGCCUGAACUUCACCCAUCCGCUGCCGGAGGGCGAGGAGGACGAGGACUACAUCGACACCGGCGCCGCCAUCCUGAACUUCUACUGCACCCUGGUCGAUCUGCUGGGCCGCUGUGCCCCGGACGCCUCGGUCAUCGAGCAGGGCAAGAACGAGUCCCUGAGGGCUAGAGCUAUUCUGAGAUCUCUGGUGCCACUGGAGGACCUGCAGGGGGUGCUCAGCCUCAAGUUCACCCUCUCGCAGACGGCGCCCGGCGAGGAGAAGCCCAAGUCGGACAUGCCGUCCGGCCUGCUGCCCAACAACAAGCAGAGCAUCGUGCUCUUCCUGGAGCGCGUGUACGGCAUCGAGGCGCAGGACCUCUUCUAUCGCCUGCUGGAGGACGCCUUCCUGCCCGACCUGCGCACCGCCACCAUUCUGGACAAGAGCGACGGGUCGGAGAGCGACAUGGCCCUGGCCAUGAACCGCUACAUCGGCAACUCCAUCCUGCCGCUGCUCAUCAAGCACUCCAAGUUCUACAACGAGGCCGAGAACUACGCGAGCCUCUUGGAUGCCACCCUGCACACGGUCUACCGGCUGUCCAAGAACCGUAUGCUCACCAAGGGGCAGCGCGAGGCCGUCUCCGACUUCCUGGUGGCCCUCACAUCCCAAAUGCAACCUGCCAUGCUGCUCAAGCUGCUGCGCAAGUUGACUGUCGAUGUGUCAAAGCUGUCUGAAUACACCACCGUGGCCCUUCGGCUUCUCACCCUGCACUUCGAUCGCUGCGCCAAGUAUUACGGCUCAACUCAAGGCCAGGGCUCCUACGGAGCCUCAUCGGACGAGGAGAAGCGCCUGACGAUGCUGCUGUUCUCGAACAUUUUUGACUCGCUCAGCAAUAUGGACUAUGACCCGGAACUGUUCGGUAAAGCAUUGCCCUGCCUGAUCGCCAUCGGCUGCGCCCUGCCCCCGGACUACAGUCUGUCCAAGAACACGGACGAGGACUACUAUGGGCGCCAGAUGGGCGCCCCGGAUCAGCCGCAGUACAUGCCCAAUCCCAUCGACACCAACAACGUGCAUCUGGACAAUGACCUCAACUCGCUGGUCCAGAAGUUCAGUGAGCACUACCACGAUGCCUGGGCCAGUCGUCGUUUGGAAGGCAGCUGGACCUACGGCGAGAUCCGCUCCGACAAUGAUCGCAAGCAUCCCCGGUUGAAGCCUUACAAUAUGCUCAGUGAAUACGAACGCGAGCGAUAUAGGGAUCCGGUGAGGGAGUGCCUAAAGGGUCUCCUGGCCAUCGGCUGGACCGUGGAACACUCCGAGGUGGAGGUGCCGCUCAACCAUCGCGGAUCGACGCGUCGCCAGUCCAAGCCCCAGAUUCACGAAUUCCAGAACGAGGGCAGCCCGUUCAACUACAAUCCGCACCCAGUGGACAUGAGCAACCUGACCCUGAGCAGGGAGAUGCAGAACAUGGCCGAACGUCUGGCGGAGAACUCCCACGACAUCUGGGCCAAGAAGAAGAACGAGGAGCUGAACGGAUGCGGGGGCGUUAUCCACCCACAACUGGUGCCGUACGAUCUCCUGACCGACAAGGAGAAGAAAAAGGAUCGCGAGCGAUCGCAGGAGUUCCUCAAGUACAUGCAGUAUCAGGGAUACAAGCUGCACAAGCCAUCAAAGGGAGGAGCCGUGGAGGAAGGUGGUGCCACCCAGGCUGCCGUUGAGCUGCGUUUCUCCUAUUCGCUGCUGGAGAAGCUCAUCCAGUAUCUGGACCGAGCCACCAUCAACAUGAAGCUGCUGAAGCCAUCGACCACGUUCAGUCGCCGCUCGUCCUUCAAGACGGCCACCCGGGACAUUAAGUUCUUCUCGAAGGUGGUGCUACCGCUGAUGGAGAAGUACUUCUCCACGCACAGGAACUACUUCAUUGCCAUUGCCACGGCAACGAACAAUAUUGGAGCGGCCUCGCUGAAGGAGAAGGAAAUGGUGGCCUCGAUCUUCUGCAAGCUGGCCGCCUUGCUGCGCAACCGACUGAGUGCCUUCGGACCGGAUGUCCGCAUCACUGUGCGGUGCCUCCAGGUCCUGGUCAAGGGCAUCGAUGCCCGCACCCUGACCAAGAACUGUCCCGAGUUCAUUCGCACCUCCAUGCUGACCUUCUUCAACCAGACAUCCGAUGACCUGGGCAACACGAUCCUUAACUUGCAGGACGGCAAGUAUAGUCACCUGAGGGGAACCCACCUGAAGACCUCCACAUCGUUGGGCUAUGUCAACCAGGUGGUGUUGCCCGUCCUAACGGCCAUGUUUGAUCACCUGGCAGCCUGCGACUACGGCAGCGAUUUGCUGCUCGACGAGAUUCAAGUGGCCUCUUACAAGAUCCUGGCUGCCCUGUAUCACCUGGGCACAGAUGGCACACUGACGCACGAUAGGAAGUACCUGAAGACGGAGAUUGAGCGGCAUAGACCAGCUCUGGGAUCGUGUCUGGGCGCAUACAGCUCCUGCUUCCCGGUGGCCUAUUUGGAGCCACAUCUCAAUAAGCACAACCAGUACUCGCUGCUCAACCGCAUUGCGGAUCACUCGCUGGAGGCGCAGGACAUCAUGGUCAAGAUGGAGAGCUGUAUGCCAAAUCUGGAGACCAUUCUGGCCGAGGUGGACCAGUUCGUGGAGUCGGACAAGACGUACAACGAUGCGCCGCACAUCAUCGACGUGAUCCUGCCGCUGCUAUGCUCCUAUCUGCCAUUCUGGUGGUCCCAGGGUCCGGACAAUGUGAGUCCCACCAGUGGCAACCACGUGACCAUGGUGACCGCCGACCACAUGAAUCCGCUGCUGCGCAACGUGCUCAAGAUGAUCAAGAAGAACAUUGGCAACGAUAACGCGCCCUGGAUGACCCGGAUUGCCGCCUACACGCAGCAGAUCAUCAUCAAUACGUCGGAGGAGCUGCUCAAGGAUCCGUUCCUGCCGCUGGCAGAGCGGGUGAAGAAGCGCACGGAGAACAUGCUGCACAAGGAGGACAGCAUGCGGGGAUUCAUCAAGUCGGCCACGGACGACACCUCGCAGGUGGAGACGCAGCUGCAGGAGGACUGGAAUCUCCUGGUGCGCGACAUUUACUCGUUCUAUCCGCUGCUCAUCAAGUAUGUGGAUCUGCAGCGCAACCACUGGCUAAAGGAUAACAUCCCCGAAGCGGAGGAGCUGUACAACCAUGUGGCGGAGAUCUUUAACAUUUGGUCCAAGAGCCAGUACUUCCUCAAGGAGGAGCAGAACUUCAUCUCGGCGAACGAGAUCGACAACAUGGCGCUGAUCAUGCCAACGGCCACGAGGAGGUCGGCCAUCUCGGAAGGUGCUCCUGCCGUGGGUGGCAAGGUCAAGAAGAAGAAGAAGAACCGGGACAAGAAGCGCGACAAGGACAAGGAGGUGCAGGCCAGUCUGAUGGUGGCCUGUCUGAAGCGUCUCCUGCCCGUGGGAUUGAAUCUGUUUGCGGGCCGGGAGCAGGAGCUGGUGCAGCACUGCAAGGAUCGGUAUCUGAAGAAGAUGACCGAGUACGAUGUGAUCGAGUUCGCACGCAACCAGUUGACCCUGCCCGACAAGCUGGACCCCUCCGACGAGAUGUCCUGGCAGCACUACCUCUACUCAAAGCUGGGCAAGACGGAGGAGCCGGUGGACGAGCAGGCGCUGGAGAAGGCCAACGUGAAUUCCAAUGAGAAGGGCAAGGACAAGACCACCGAGACGGUGGAUCGCAUCGUGGCCAUGGCCAAGGUUCUGUUUGGCCUGCACAUGAUCGACCAUCCACAACAGCAGAGCAAGAAUGUCUACCGGAGCGUUGUGUCGAUCCAAAGGAAGCGUGCCGUAAUCGCAUGCUUCCGUCAGACAUCGCUACAUUCUCUACCCAGACAUCGGGCCUGCAAUAUAUUUGCCCGUUCCUAUUAUGAGCAAUGGCUCCAGGAGGAGAACGUGGGCCAGGAGGUGAUGGUCGAGGAUCUGACGCAGACGUUCGAGGACUCGGAGAAGUCCAAGAAGGAGGGUGAGGAGACGGACAGCAAGCCGGAUCCGCUCACCCAGCUGGUCACCACCUUCUGUCGCGGCGCCAUGACGGAGCGCAGCGGAGCCCUCCAGGAGGAUCUGCUCUACAUGUCCUAUGCCCAGAUCGCGGCCAAGUCCACGGGCAAGGAGGAGGAGGAGGGCGGCGACGAGGAGGGCGGUGAGGGAGGCGAGGAGGGCGAAGGCACCAGCAUCCAUGAACAAGAGAUGGAAAAGCAGAAACUGCUCUUCCAUCAGGCACGUCUCUCCAAUCGUGGCGUUGCCGAAAUGGUGCUGUUGCACAUUUCCGCCUCCAAAGGUAUACCUUCGGAGAUGGUAAUGACGACACUCAAUCUCGGCAUCGCCAUCCUCCGCGGAGGCAACAUCGACAUCCAAAUGGGCAUGCUCAAUCAUCUGAAGGAGAAGAAGGACGUCGGCUUCUUCACCUCGAUCGCCGGACUGAUGAACUCCUGCAGUGUACUGGACCUGGACGCCUUCGAGCGCAACACCAAAGCAGAGGAGUAUAUUCCGAGUGCGGGUGCAGGUCUUGGUGUAGGUUCCGAGGGCGCCGCUGGCGAGAAGAACAUGCACGAUGCGGAGUUCACCUGUGCUCUGUUCCGGUUCAUCCAGCUGACCUGUGAGGGCCACAAUUUGGAAUGGCAAAACUAUUUGAGGACCCAGGCCGGAAACACCACCACCGUAAAUGUGGUCAUCUGCACUGUGGAUUACCUGCUCCGUCUGCAGGAGUCCAUCAUGGACUUUUACUGGCACUAUUCGAGCAAGGAGAUCAUCGAUCCCGCCGGCAAGGCCAACUUCUUCAAGGCCAUCGAAGUGGCUAGCCAAGUGUUCAACACCCUAACUGAGGUCAUCCAGGGUCCGUGUACCCUCAAUCAGCAGGCCUUGGCCCACUCGAGGUUGUGGGAUGCGGUUGGCGGCUUCCUCUUCCUGUUCUCCCACAUGCAGGACAAGCUGUCCAAGCACUCCAGUCAGGUGGAUCUGCUCAAGGAGCUGCUCAAUCUGCAAAAGGACAUGAUCACCAUGAUGCUGUCUAUGCUGGAAGGAAACGUUGUUAAUGGCACCAUUGGCAAACAGAUGGUGGACACGCUGGUGGAAUCCGCCAGCAAUGUGGAACUGAUUCUCAAGUACUUCGACAUGUUCCUAAAACUGGCCGACCUCAUCGAGUCGCCCAGCUUCCACGAGGUGGACAUGAAGAACGAGGGCUGGGUGACACCCAAAGACUUUAGGGAAAAGAUGGAGCAGUCCAAGAACUACACACUGGAAGAAAUGGAUUUCCUUUUGGCCUGUUGCGAGCGCAACCACGAGGGCAAGAUCGACUACCGGGCCUUCGUGGAGCACUUCCACGAACCAUCAAAGGAGAUCGGUUUCAACCUGGCCGUGCUGCUGACCAACCUCAGCGAGCACAUGCCAAACGAACCACGCCUGGCGCGCUUCCUGGAGACCGCCGGCUCGGUGCUGAACUACUUCGAGCCCUUCCUGGGCCGCAUCGAGAUUCUGGGCAGCUCCAAGCGCAUCGAGCGCGUGUACUUCGAGAUCAAGGACUCCAACAUCGAGCAGUGGGAAAAGCCACAGAUCCGCGAGUCCAAGCGUGCCUUCUUCUACUCCAUCGUCACCGAGGGUGGUGACAAGGAGAAACUGGAGGCCUUUGUCAACUUCUGCGAGGAUGCCAUCUUUGAGAUGACCCAUGCCUCCGGACUAAUGGCCACCGAUGACGGUGGCGGCAACGUGAAGCGGGACACUGCCUACAGUUCCUACAUGAGCGAGGAGGAGGAGGAGCGGGCAGCUAGGGAUCCCAUCCGGCGCACCAUCACCGCCGUCAAAGAGGGACUCAAGUUCGGAGUGCAUAUGCUCAGUCCGGCGAACAUCAAGCACCAGAUCGGCGUGAUGCAGACCAAAUCCAUUCCCGAACUCAUCGUGGGCUUCUUCAAGAUCAUCUUCUACAUCUUCUACUACACCGGCUAUGCGCACUUCUGUGUGGUGCGCUACAUAUUCGGCAUCCUGCUGAACCUGAUGCGAGGACCAGCCCCAGAGCAGGAGGAGGAGCCGGUGGUGGAGGAGGAGACGUUCGGCAGAGCACUGCCGCCGCUGCCGCUGGAGGAACCGCCCGGAACGGUACAAGCCUUUGGACUGGACAUCAACAAGGAGGACAACGGCAUGUACAAGGUGGUGGUGCACGAGUCGCCGGCCAAUUCCUCGAUGGAGGAGGGCGGAGAGUCCAGCCCGGAGGAUGGCGCAGCCGCCAGCGGCGAAAUGCUUGAGGGUGGUGAACCGCACCAGGAACCCAUCUCCAUUGUGGAUCUGCUCGGAGGCGAGGCCGCCAAGAAGGCGGCUCAGGAGCGCCAGGAGGCGCAGAAGGCCCAGGAGGCGGCCAUGGCCUCCAUCGAGGCGGAGGCCAAGAAGUCAUCGUCGGCGCCGCAGGAGACGCCCGCCGUUCACCAAAUCGACUUCUCGCAGUACACCCAUCGGGCCGUCAGCUUCCUGGCCAGGAACUUCUACAACCUCAAGUACGUGGCCCUGGUGCUGGCCUUCAGCAUUAACUUUAUGCUGCUCUUCUACAAGGUCACCUCGUUCACCGAGGAAUCGGACAGCUCGGGCGAGGAGGAGCUCAUCCUGGGCUCCGGCUCGGGAGCAGGUGCGGACAUCACGGGCUCUGGAUUUGGCGGAUCGGGCGAUGGGGGAUCGGGCGACGGCGAGAUGGAGGACGAAAUACCGGAACUGGUGCACGUGGACGAGGACUUCUUCUACAUGGAGCACGUCCUCCGCAUUGCGGCUUGUCUGCACUCCCUGGUCUCGCUGGCCAUGCUGAUAGCCUACUACCAUCUGAAGGUGCCGCUGGCCAUCUUCAAGCGCGAAAAGGAGAUUGCCCGCCGGCUGGAGUUCGAGGGAUUGUUUAUUGCGGAGCAGCCGGAGGAUGAUGACUUCAAGUCGCACUGGGACAAGCUGGUGAUCUCGGCGAAGAGCUUCCCGGUGAACUACUGGGACAAGUUUGUCAAGAAGAAGGUGCGCCAGAAGUACAGCGAGACAUACGACUUCGACUCCAUCUCCAAUCUGUUGGGCAUGGAGAAGAGCACCUUUGCGGCGCAGGAGAGCGAGGAGACGGGCAUCUUUAAGUACAUCAUGAACAUCGACUGGCGCUACCAGGUGUGGAAGGCGGGCGUGACCUUCACGGACAACGCCUUCCUCUACUCCCUGUGGUAUUUCAGCUUCUCGGUGAUGGGUAACUUCAACAACUUCUUCUUUGCCGCCCAUCUGCUGGACGUGGCCGUGGGAUUCAAGACGCUGCGCACCAUCCUGCAGUCCGUAACCCACAAUGGCAAGCAGCUGGUCCUCACCGUAAUGCUCCUGACCAUCAUCGUGUACAUCUACACGGUGAUUGCGUUCAACUUCUUCCGCAAGUUCUACAUCCAGGAGGAGGACGAGGAGGUGGACAAGAAGUGCCACGACAUGCUCACCUGCUUCGUGUUCCACCUGUACAAGGGCGUGAGGGCGGGCGGCGGCAUUGGCGACGAGAUCGGCGAUCCGGACGGAGACGACUACGAGGUCUACCGCAUCAUCUUCGACAUCACGUUCUUCUUCUUUGUCAUCAUUAUCCUGCUGGCCAUCAUCCAGGGUCUGAUCAUCGACGCCUUCGGCGAGCUGCGUGACCAGCUGGAGUCGGUGAAGGACAACAUGGAGUCCAACUGCUUCAUCUGCGGAAUGGGCAAGGACUUCUUCGACAUAGUGCCGCACGGCUUCGACACGCACGUCCAGAAGGAGCACAAUUUAGCCAAUUACAUGUUCUUCCUGAUGCAUUUGAUUAACAAGCCGGACACGGAGUACACCGGCCAGGAGACGUACGUGUGGAACAUGUACCAGCAGCGCAGCUGGGACUUCUUCCCGGUGGGUGACUGCUUCCGCAAACAGUACGAGGAUGAGCUAUCCGGCGGAGGUGGAGGCGGUUAAUCGGUAAAUCCGCUGACGUCUGCUUUUUGGGCACAAUCACACUGACACUGGACGGUCCAAGGACUCCAAGAGAUCCACUUUUGUAUCGGUACUUUGACAACAUCUGGAAUUUUUGCCUAGUCAACUUUAGCAAUGUAUUUUAAGCAAUAUCCUACACAAUUGUUUUUAUGUAUGUAGGAGAACGACCUGUUUCCAAAAUGAUAUAUAUAUUGAUGACGAUUCUAGCACGUAUAACAACAAAUGUUCUUAACUCAUUUUAAAAUAAAUCUAUUCAUUUUGAACGAA